UUAUUAAUUAUUUUAUCAAUAAUUUUUGCGUCAGGGAACAUCCGAAACCAUUUCAACCGCAGCCAACGAAAAAAAACUAAUUUUUUGACUGAUUCUAUGGAACUUCGGACUGCCCUCUGCUGGUUUAUAAGCCAGCGUAUCGGGCGUAUCGAGGGAGAUAGAGAAUAGCCGUUACGAAAUUUGAAAGAAACACAUGAUUCGAUCAGUUGGUGUUUGCACUGGUUCCACUGGUUUCGUUCAGUUUCGAUCGUUGAGUUCAGAUAUGCAGCUGGGAUUGAAUCUGAUCGCUGCGGCAUGUGAGAAGGGGGGGAUUGGGGUGGAUGGACGUCUGCCAUGGAAAUUAAAGAGUGAGAUGAAGUUCUUCUCUGACAUGACGACGAAUACCAAAGAUGACACCAAGCAGAAUGUUGUGCUGAUGGGCAGAAGGACCUGGGAGUGCAUUCCGAAAAAAUAUCGACCUCUUCAGAACAGGAUAAACAUGGUCUUGACCAGUCAAGACUUGAACCUUGGCGACGAGGCCAUUGUCUGCAAAAGCAUUCCUGCAGCAAUAGAAAUGAUUUCUAAUGGUCCUUUGAAGGAGAAGGUCGAGCAGAUUUGGGUCAUUGGAGGAAGUUCUGUUUAUGAAGCUGCAAUGCAAUCUCCGAAAUUUCACCGACUUUAUCUGACAGAAAUAAAGAAACACUUCGAAUGCGACACGUUUUUCCCAGACAUUCUUAACGACUUUGUCACAGUUACAGAUCCGAACGUCCCUCAAGGUGUUCAACAAGAAAAUGGAAUUGAAUUCGAGUACAAAGUCUACCAGAGAAGCAACAAAGAUCUGUAACCAUUUCAAAAUGUCAGCGACAAAUAAACUGCAUUUAUUUUUCACCUUUA